AAGUAUUUCUUGGAUUAAAAAAUUAAGGACCAAAAGCGCACUAACAUUAAUUUAUUUAUUGGAUUUUUUUUACUCUAUGACUAGAAGACCAGCUUUCGCUUAACUCAACUCUUUUAUAGUUCGAUCCUUCCAAAUUGAAGUUCCCCCAUAAUACCCAAAAUGUCAUUAAAUACAUUACAACUUAUCUCCUCCGUGAUAUAUGUAUGUAUAUAUACUAUGUAACAACUUUUCCUCCCUAUUUUCUCCUUUCUCCGAUUGAAUAUGUGAAAUCACUUUUUAGGGUUUUUAAAAAUUUAUAUAAAAAAACAAUCAUUAUAAAUUGGCCAGCCUUAAAACAUUUUUUUUUAAAAAAAUCGUGUCAAUCGGCAAAUCAUUGUCGGUAGUUGAUGGGUACGAAGGCAUGGCAAACGAGGAUGCUAAUACUGGUUUUCUGGUGGAGGCUAACGUGCGCCGUCUUCGUCCCUUUAAGGGUUCCGUUAUGUCCCAAGGUCUCCGUUUCCGACGCGAUCUUUGACUUCAGAGACUCCUAUUGUCCUAUUACCUCUGCUCGUACUCAAUCUAUCGUUUUCGUUGGCGUUAUCGAGGGAGAUGAGGUUUCGAUGCAAAAGGCACUUAACAUGGUAUAUAGGAACGGUCAUGGAUAUGUAGCAGUGCUUUUCUAUGCAUCUUGGUGCCCCUUUUCAAGGUCUUUUAGACGAAGCUUCAAUAUCCUUUCUUCUUCCUAUCCGUGCAUUCCCCAUUUUGCCAUUGAAGAAUCAUCUGUCAGACCAAGCAUACUCUCAAAGUAUGGCGUUCAUGGGUUUCCUACUCUUUUCCUUUUAAAUUCUACGAUGCGUGCACGUUAUCAUGGAAACCGAUCUUUUGAAUCUCUUGGGGCAUUCUAUAGUGAUGUCACUGGCAUUAAGAACUCUCUGGAUAAAACAUCAUUGGAAAAAAUUGGACACUUGUCAAAUCAAGAGAAGCAUAAUAGCACUGAGCAGGAAAGCUGCCCAUUCUCGUGGGCAAGAUCUCCGGAGAAUUUACUUCGACAAGAGACAUACUUGGCUCUGGCCACCACUUUUGUGCUUUUUAGAUUGCUUUACCUAUUGUAUCCUACUUUUCUUGUAUUUGCUCAGUUAACAUGGAGACGGCUGAUUCGAAAUGUUAAACUGGGGACUUUGUUGGAACAUCCUUUGGCCUAUCUGAAACGAGCAAUCCAGCUGUUUAAUUCCCUGAAGGAACCUUGCAAGAGAAGCAACUUACAAGGCGCAAUGAAUGCUAGAGCAUGGGCCUCUAAAUCCCUUGCUACCGUUUCAAUUGGUGACGCCAACACAAAUCGUGUUGUGCCAAUAACUGGAUGUCGCUAACUCCUUAGAUGGUGUGGGAUAUAAAGGUAUAUUUUGUUUCCUAUGAAAUCUUUGGCCGCAAUCUCAUGGAAGCAGGAGCCCUUUUGUUACAUGACUUUUUAAUACACCAACUUUGGUGUUAAUUUGAAUUAUGGCAUGUUGACCCUGAACUAGUGAAGUUUCAUUUGUCAAUAUUAUUUAGAAUACGUCUUUACACCAAAAAACGGCGCUGAAACUUUGUGAAUAGGUUAACCAAGUACAGCAAUGUAUCGAUGGUAUAAGCCAUUUUUGGCUCAUUUGAAGCAUGUUUGCCACGUUUUGUUAAAUAAUGGUAAACCUUCGUGUUCUGUCUUA